UGCAAUAUUCUUCAGUAUGAGCGCAACUUCCCUGUACAACUGACGUGUAUUGUUCAGAGGUGAAAUGAAUGUACAAAUCAAUAAAUAAAUAAAUAAGUCAGCUGUGAAUUUUUUGUAGUAAAAAAAUGCCACCAGUAAAUUUAUUUGAAAAAUAAAAUCAUGUUAUCUAGUGAGUGACGUUGGAAUAUCAUUUUAAUUGUUAAUUUACAGUGCAAUAUUUCAGUGCGAUUUUACUGUCAGUGAUACCACAUAUGUAAAUAUUGAGUAAUUUUAAGACUGAAAUAUUUGAAUGCAGUGGAACCGCUCGAAGAAUAAGUACAGUGAAAUAAACGUAGAUAGAUACCGAAGAAUAAAAACUAGCAGUGGAGAAGCUCAAGAAGAAAAAGAAGGAUGGUAGUGAAUUUGAGAUGUGUGUAAUAAUGACUAAGUGGUUUAUUGAAUAGUCAUUGCGAGUGGAGUUAAAUAGUAUUAUUAUAUUGAGGAUGACCAUGACCUCAGGAACAAACAAAUGGGCCUCGAGGGCUGUGGUGAUCUUACAAUUGGCAGCCUGGAGCGCCGUUGGUAUCGUACUACUGCAAAAAGGCGUAUCAUCUUUGCAAAAAGGCUCCGAGAUACGAAAUAUUACACAAACGAUGCCGAACAUAGCCGGUUACAACCCAAUCGAAAAAGACAUAUCAGUGAUAUCAAUAGUCGAAGAUUCAAAGCCCCGCGAAUCUGAAGAGCUUCCGAUUUCCCCGUCUGGUAACUCGAGAAUCUGGGAUGUUAAAUCAAUGGUUCACAAGUUGGAAAAGUUACACCAGAAAAAAGCAAACGAACUGAACUCACCUGACGAGUUCGACGAAAAAAUAGACGGGCCGCGUGUUUUAGAGAGUUUGGACUCGUCAAAAGAAGAAAAAUUAUCAGAAGAUAAAAAAGAUAUGUUUAUUAGCAAGAAAUCCGGGAAGACAAAAUUAGCGGAAUUAGACGAGCUAAAGCCUCUGACUGACAUCAAAGACGUUUCCAUGAAAUUAAUAUUACCCGGGACGAAUUCCAGUCUUCAAAGACAGUCCGGGAUGCUGGAAUCUGAGAGAGCUUAUGAAGACACAUAUCAACGGCCUCUUAAUUUUUCUUCUUCUUUGCCAGAAGACACCGAGAAAAAUAACAAAACUUGGCUGGCGACUGUGCAAACUUCAACCACGAAGCCGAGUAUUUGGGAGACAAGAAGAAGAUUAAGGUUGUCACAUCUCAGCGGCGGUGGAGCUGCUGCUGCAGUCGCGAUGGUCGCGGUAGGUGCUGUCAUGCUCGUUCUUGGACCCGCGGUUAUUGUUCUCAGGGCUUUGGACGAACGGCGACAGGAGCGGAGAUUUCUGAAGCUUUCUGCUCGAGAUGAUCUACCACCCACUUACGAGCAAGCCACUUUAAUGGACGAGGCGCCGAGAUACUCGAGUUUAAGUUUGAAUACUAUUCUUGGACCGCCUCCACCGCCGUCCCCAACUCCCGCACGAGUUCAGCUCGUCUGAAUGCAGGAUAACGGAAUACAUAUGGUUCUACCAAAGUGUGCAUGGAUUUUGUCUGAGAUUUUUAAAUGCGGUUAUUUUGGUUCAAGUUCAUUUUUUAUGGAAAUUUUUGGAAACGCUGAUUAAUAGUCUGUUUUUAAGAUUAUUUAGUUUUUAAAUUUUUUUAUUUUUAUCAGGCUUAAAAAAUCGGUUUGGAUUUUUUAUUUGGAAAAUUCAAUUUUACGCUGUGAAAAAUCGGUGGUUAAUUUUCGCCACCAUUACUCGGAGUACUGGUGAGAAAAAAUAAAUCCGCGUAUGGAGUAAAUUUAGAGUUUUUUUUCGACGGAGUUAAUAUCAAUUUUAAUCCGAAAAACAUCCGGAGUUUUAAGAAUAAAAUAAAAUUUUUAUUUGCUAAAACAAGUUUCAAAUGCAAAAUUACUCACAAAUAUUUAAAACAAUUUAUCUCUAAGUUUGUAAAUAUUAAUUAUAUUAAAUUAGACAGCAACAUUAAACCUAAUUUUGAUAAAGAUUAU